GUCUCCCGGCCACAGCGCUCCGCCGUGCCAGAGUGCGUUCAGGCUGCGCGGUGUCGGACCGAAACCACCGGGGUUCCCAAAAUAAACUGGAGGGACACUGAUAGGCGCGCACACACACGUAGGAUACCCACGGAGGCAGACCGGGAGAGAGAGAGACGGUACACCGGCGGAUGGCGGAGCAGAGCCAAAGAAUAGACUCCACAGCGUAAAAGAAAAAAGGGGGAACCGCUUCCCCUCCUCUCUUUCUCGCUUUGCGCUUCAGUUGAGGAAACCGGAGGACUGGUACUGAUAUGGAUUCAUUCAUGUAUUUUUCUAUUGAUUUUGCUUUAAUUAGUGACCCCCGGUAGAGAAAGAGGGAGAGAGAGAAGCAGCGAGGGGAGGAGAGGGAGGAGCGAAAGUCAGACUGGGGUGCCUGCGUAGCCUUACUUUAUUAUUUCAUUAAUUCUAUCUUUUACCAAAUUAUGCGUUUUAUUAUUGCGUCGCUUUGUGCGUUCUUCAGCAGACCAGCCAGCUACUAACCAAAUCUUUAGGAGAACCAAAAAAAAUACAACUCCAGUCUUACACACGGACAGUUUUCCCCUCGUUUUUCCUUCCCGAAGAUUCACCGGUGGACAGUGUUUGUUUGAGACUUUUUUAAUGACAGUGCAGGAGGAGAGAUCCGUCUUUUAUCAACCCAAACCAAAGCGAACCAGGCCGAAGAGGACACACGGAGCCAGAGGAGCCACUGUGAUCUUUACGCACAGCCGUCUGGACACGAUAAAUUGAGUGCAAUUGUGUCUGCGUUACGUCCAGAGCGGCGGAGAGAGAAGCACCGACUGCAACUACGUUCACAUGGCCGCAGAGAUCAUAGAUAUCCUCGGAUUGACAGUCACCCGCAGCCGGUAUUAGCCUGAAUGGAGAACCGCUGGUAGCUUUAUUCAUCCUCCAGAAGCUCAACAGUGUCCACUGCGCGCCCCGCACAUCGCGGCGUGAUCGUGUGUGUGUUCCGGACUCCGAGAAGUGAAGGGAAUCGUAAUGUCCGUCUGUCCACCGCAGCUUCACAAAAUCCCAAAGUAGAGAGAUGUGAAUCAGUGCGGCUCGAUUCACGCAAGAAAUAAAAAGCCAAAUACUUCGUCUCCCGUUUCUGUUUAUUGCUCCAAACCAUCCCGUCCUUCCACGCGGCUGCCCACAAACCUGGAAAGCAGACGAAGAAAGGCCAAAGAACGACGGCAGGACGACGGAUAAGAGGAGAAGAAAGUGAGACUAAAAUAAAAAACAACGACCCCCAGGUCGACAGAGGACCAUGUUUGUCCCCCUGCCGGUCCCCUUCGUCUUUCAGAGAACAGCGUCCGACUUCAGCGCCUGGAGACUCAAGUCCUCGCUGGCUCCGCGGUCCAGCCCCGAGAUCAGGAUGUCCAAAGCAUCAGGGGAGGAGAAGCCUGGAGUUGACUAUCCAGGGGACAGUUCAGACUCUGACAGAAACAGCCCCGAUGACCAGGUCCAGACAAUGAAAACCAGCCCCUUCAGCCUCUCCCCCACACAAGCUGGCAGCAAGGUAAAGAGCGAGGAGAGCUCUGAGAUAACACACAGCGCUGUGCCGCCUCCUCUUCCAGCUCCUCCCUCUCAGCAACAGCAGCAGACUCAACACCACCACACACAGCUGAUGCUGGCUGGCAGUCAGCUAGCAGGGCUUGCCGCUCUCCUCCCAGCCCAACAACAGUUGCUCCUCCAGCAGGCUCAGGCUCAGCUCUUGGCGGCAGCCGUCCAGCAGUCGAACGCCGCCCAUGCUGCUCACGCUGCCCACGCCGCCGCGCAGCAACAAGCCAACCAGCAGCAGCAGCAUCAGCAACAGAGCCAAGCGCAAUCCCAGCAGCAGCAGCAGCAGCAGCAGCAACAGUCGACCAAACAGGAGCAGACGGUCCAAGCUCCGCCUCCACAGCUGGCCCUGUCGCAGCCGAUCCAGCUCACAGCACAGGACAUCCAGCAGCUGUUGCAGCUCCAGCAGCUGGUUUUGAUGCCUGGUCAUCCUCUCCAGUCUCCUGCCCAGUUCCUCCUGUCUCAGCCUGCCCAGGCACAGCAGCCGCAGCAGGGUUUGCUCUCGACACCAAAUCUGAUCCAGCUACCUCAGCAAAGCCCAGGAGGACUACUGACAACCCCACCUCGCCUGGGACUCCAAGCACAGAGGGAGAAGAGCAGUGAUGCUGGAAGCAGCAGCACUGUAAGCUCUUUAGUUGCCAGCGGAAGCAGCAGUGUUGGUGUGACAUCUGUAGGAGCUACCUCUGCCUCCAGCAGUGCCAUGGCGUCCUCUUUAACCUCCGGUUUGACUGCUGGAGGUCACGGAGGACACAUGGGGGAGGAGCCCAGCGACCUGGAGGAGCUGGAGCAGUUCGCCCGAACCUUCAAACAACGACGCAUAAAGCUGGGAUUCACCCAGGGCGAUGUCGGCGUGGCGAUGGGAAAACUGUACGGCAACGACUUCAGCCAGACCACCAUCUCUCGCUUCGAAGCUCUCAACCUGAGCUUUAAGAACAUGUGCAAGCUGAAACCACUGCUGGAGAAGUGGCUGAGCGACGCAGAAACCAUGGCUAUCGACAGCAUGCUGCCCAGCCCCUCCUCCAUCUCCUCCCCCAUGUUGGGCAUCGAGGGUCUACCAGGCCGACGCAGGAAGAAACGCACCAGCAUCGAGACCAACGUGCGCGUGGUCCUAGAGCGCAACUUCAGCACGGUAAACCAGAAGCCUACCUCGGAGGAGAUCCUGCUGAUGGCGGAGCAGCUCAACAUGGAGAAGGAGGUGAUUCGUGUUUGGUUCUGCAACCGCCGGCAGAAAGAGAAACGCAUCAACCCCUCCAGCAGUACCACCCCUCCCCUGCCCAGCCAGACCUCGCCUGUUGUGACGCACAAAGCCCCCUGCUACAGCCCGCACAUGAUAUCGAGUCAGGGUCUGUCCCAGGUCACCACCAGCCUCAGCACAACAGGCGCCAGUUCGUCGCCCUCAGCGUCCUGCCCCAUGACUCCAGUCAGCUCGGCUGCCAUUUCUUCUUCUGUGACUCCGCCUCCUCAUAGCACAGCCAGCCCAGCUCCUCCCAGCCUCGGGACGCCUGGCCUCAGCACUGGGAACACAAUGAUGGGAGUAAGCACAGGGAUGAACCAGGCCCUCAUUGGCAGCAAUCCCCUGGCAACCAUGCAAGCCUUGGCAGCCAGCAGUGGUCAGCUGCCGAUCUCCGGCCUGGAUGGGGGAGCAGGUCACAUGCUUCUGGGCAGUCCUGGGGGUCCCGCCUCCCUCCGCCAGUCUCUCUUCUUAAACCGCCCCACCCUCCUCCCCAUGGUGACCGGCUCCAUGGCGACCGUCUCCACGCCCGCCAUGGGAAUGGUCAGCAGCGGCUGCGGCCCAAGACCCUCCUUUUCCCAAUCUCCGCCCGCCGGCACCAGCAGCCUCAUGAGCCCGACCUCGUGCCCAGAGGAGUCCGCGUCUCCUUGUUCAAGUCCCGCCUCCUUCUGUUCCUUCAGCGAAGCCUCGCCGCCGCCCCUGGGAGGGGCCAUGGCCGAGUGAUCCCCCACUGACAGCCAAAGCAUCCCGUUAAUCGGAGGACGAGGAGGAGGAAGAGGAGUGAGCAGAGCAUUAAAAGGAGCUUUAAAAAUCUAAAUUAACAACCUCGCCUUUCAACCAAAGCCAUCUCUCUGUCUGAUCCAUCUGUGAUUUCACCUCCUCUCUGAGCAUCUCCCCGCUGAAGUCUUCUGAAGCCAAAAAUAUACUCGGACGGAUGAGGGGAGGAAGCGAAGAGGGAGGCAUGAUGGAGAGGAUAGAGAGAACUGCAGAAGGAAGGGGGUAAAUUUGAAACCAAAUAAUGAUCUACAGCUGGAGAGGUGGCACUGAGGAGUGUUUUUCGCUUGGACACGAACACCGAGCUUUUUUUUUAAACAGCUGGAGAGAAAAGGAAAAAAAACUCAAUGAGGGCAGGGAUGAGAACUGAAACUGUGUGUGAGGAAUGGGAGGCAAAGAAAAGACUUGUUUAACAAGCCCAGAAGGUCACGUGGUCGCAGCCCUAUUUUAAAAAGAUAAAAAGAAAAUAUGCUGAAAGAGAAACACACACUUACGAAGAUGUAAAACCAAAAUCUCCAAAUACCAAAAACUGAAAACCAAAAAAAGACAAAAAAACAACAAACGGAGAGAAAAGCUUUAGUUCAAAAAGACAUUCUGAUCUGUCCAGGAUCAGUUUAGUACUUCAUUCUACAUCACACCAAAACAUUUUCCAUGUCACUCAGACUUUCUUUUUUAUCUAUUUUUCUAUUAUUUUGUAUUCAUCGCUCUUUGUGGUACUACACUUUAAUGAUUUACAGCUGAUCCCACAUGCAGGAUAUCUACCUACCUCUCUCUCUGCAGCUUUACAGUGACUCAACCUGACAUUGCAACAGACAGCGUUUGUUUUAUUGACCCUGGAGCAGCAGACGGGUGGGGUUUACUACUAUAAUUACUGUAGAGUCAGUUAAAAUCAGUUCAUGCUACAAAAAUAGCUUUAAAAAGCAUCCUGUUGUGUAGCAAAGCCCACCCUUCUGCCACGCAAAUAGACUGAAAUUAAUACAAAUUUGGGGGAAUUUAGUUGUCAGUUUGAUAGAAUUUACAUCCUAAUUUUCUCUUUUAUUAUUGUCAUCAUCAUCAUCAUCAUCAUCAUCAUCAGUGUCAUCAUCAUUACUUUUAACCAAAGUAAACACACUGAACAGUUUUCAUACUGCCUACAAAGAGGAUACCACAGGUAGAUGUGGAUAAACCAUCAUGGGAUUAUUUUUUUCCCAUCAUUAUUUGCCUUCUUUUGAUUUAUUAUCGCCCUCAUAUCAUCGUGUCAUCUUCCAGACUGCUCAUCUACCACCAGACAGUCACUCUUGGAUACCAAAGCAUCGCCUCUGGCAGCGUUGUCUCUGGAUUCGCCCGGGAGACGAGUGUCCAGACAAAAAAAAAACCUCAGCAGUGUCAAAGAGAAAGAAAACACACACACACACACACACACACAAGAAAGACCAAAACCAAAAAAAAAGAACAAAAGAAAGAGGUGAAGCACCGACGUUCCCCUUACUGCCCCCAAACCCCUGCCCUCCAACCCUCCCUCCCCAUCUGCCCCUCUCCUUUGUCUCCAAAGAUCAGAUCAAAGGGCCAAAAGAAACGAGGAGGAGGAGGAGAAAAAGAAGAAGAAGAAGAAGAGGAGGCGGUCAGGAGCGGAGGAGCCAAAGCUGCAGGGGGAAACGAAGAAGAGGAGGAGGACAAGAAGAAGAAGGAAGAGGAGCAGGAGGAAGUGCGCUCAAAGCAGCGGACCAAAAAACCAAAAAGUAACCCAAAACCAAAAGCUACUACUACUGCUACUAGUUAUGUAUGAGUGACUGAACUGUAACUAAACCAAAUACAAACAAAGAGGGGGAGGUCAGGGGGGAGAAAAGGGGUGAGUAAGGCCCUGUCUGUCUGUUCGUCUUUAACUGUGAUUGCUGUUCUCGUAUCAACAGACAGAAAUCCCUCCCUCCGUCCCUCCCUCCCUCCCUCCGCCGGCAACCUCGGCUUUGUUCUCACUUUCUUUUUUCCUGGAUGGAUAAAAAUAUGGAAUAACCUCAACAAAACUGACUUUGAGAAUAUAUAUAUUUUUGUUUUUGCUUUCCAUAGUGUGUCUGUUCCUGAUGUAUGGAUUUGUCUCAUUGCUUUCUACUUAUUAUUAUGCGGUGGGAUGGAGGGGAGGGAGGGUCCGGGCUGGGCGGCGGGGUGGGGGGAGUGAUUGGUUCGGUGACGUGUUACCUAUUUUCAUAUCUUCUUGUCUCUUCGGUUGUGCUCCAGGUUUUUGUUUAUUUAUUUAUUUUAUUUAAAUGGUGGGAAAUAACUGUGAUAAUGUAGCUUCCAAGAUAAAAUAAGUUGGUUUUUUUUAGUUGAUCCAGAAUGUUGUGAAAAAGCCAAAACUGAAAACCAAAAGCAAAACUUUUUAGAUGUACAACCAUACCAAAUAGAACAACCAAACCAAUGCACAAGCUGUAUGAGUGUGUGCACGUGUGUGUGAGUGUGAGUGAGUGUAUUUGUGUGUGUGUGCGCAUGUGUGUAAAGAUAAUUCUCUUGCAUACAGAACCAAACCAUAAAAACACACAACACACUUGUCGGGCAAGAUAAUAUCAGUCAGUGCUUAUUAUAGACGGUUUAAAGCAAAACUCUGGACAUUUUUCAGCCUCAACCUGUUUUCAUAAUUUUCUAAUCACAACGAUCGACUUUCUUUUCGUUUUCUGCUUCUUGAAGUUACCAGAUUUUUACAAAAAAGCUCCAAAAAUGACAUUUCUUAUUUAGUAAUAAGAUGCGCAAAUUUCGUUUGAUUAUGAUCACAAACAGAAGGAUGACAAAUUAUAGGAAAAGUGCUGCAGCUCUCUAUAAAGUAAUUCAAAUUCACUUCAUUAAUGCAUGGUUGUAAGAUAAAGAAAAAAGUCUAAUUUAUUGAUUAAGGUCAUUUUGCAUCAACUUAAUAUUUUGUAUAAUUUAACCUGCACAUUGCAGUCACUCUGUAUUAAGAUAAUUAAAUUGGUUUGAUGACUACAUUGUUCUUGACUUCCUCCCCUACCAAAUUAACAUUGGAGCAAGUUCAUUUCUUUUAAUUUGCGAACGUAAAAUCUUGUUUUCAUAAUUGUUUUAAUACGACUUUGACCAGCUUAAUUUUUUUUGUAAUCGACUUAAAACCCUUUGAUUGUAGAAGAAAUGCCAGUUCCAAUAGCUCACUGAAAUUGUUUAGGUGAACAUAAUUUGAUUAGAAGUUGUUGUAACUCAAAACGAUUGGUGCAAAUUGUAUAUGUAAUAGGCAUUAUAUUGUGGAGUGUAGAACAGUUUUGUUGGUUCUUUACGUUGGUUCUCGGAGUUUGGAACUUUACUGGAGCAAUAGAACGCCAUUCUUCGUUUUGAUGAUGGUGGUGCAAAGCGCUGUCCAAAACUUCAGUCCAAAAUCUCCCGUGGACAAAAUUCAAUGAUUCAUAUAAUUGUCAUCACAUGUCUCAGUGGCCUCUCGCGCCCUCUGAUAGCAGCAUUGUCAUCCUGGACUAGGCCACUCCCACCAGGACAGAAAGGUUCCAUCACAGGGUAAAGGUGAUCACUCAGAACAACUUUGUAUUGAUUUGCAGUGAUUCUUCCCUCUAAGGGACAAAAUGGCCGCUACAGAAUAACAAAAACCACCGGAUCUCCUCACUGUAGGGGUCAAACAUUCAGGCCUUUACCUCUUUUGGUGUGUGAAACACCUGCACUCACCCACUGGCUGGAAAUAAGGACUGACUUUAAAACUUCUUUCCACAACUUUGUGGUUUUUGCAACACCACACUCUCCGACGUGCUCCCAACUAUUCGCAUCCACCUUGUGUGUUAUCACUCUUUGUUAUUGUUGAUGGACUCUACUUGCAGAGUUCCCUUUCUGUUUUCUCCUUACAUAUCCCAUGAAUGCACAAGCAUCUUGAUCAUCAAACGUGCACCAUCGACUUCAAUUACCAACUGAUGUCCUGGAGCCACUUUUUUCUAUUGAAUCCAGUUGGGCAGUCUUCAGUGACUGAAGCUCCUGCCAUCUGUACCCCAACAAUUAACCGUCUUCAACAGUCACGCCACGUUGAUACAAAAUCAAACUCAACUGGGACACUUUUAUCCAUACAAGAGCAUUAUUGGAUGUUAAUUGCUUAGCUGUACUGUGCAGUAAACCAAUAACAAAGCGCUAUUCCAUCUUUUCCUUUAAUAUGUCACCCGUCUGUAACUGUACAUAUGACUUAAAGCCAAAUUCUAAAUCAACCAUGAGGGAAAAUUCUGUAAGUAUGCUUUUGCACAUUUUAGCAAAUGCGUACAGAAUAUUCGAAAGGUCUUGAGUCAAUUCUAAAAGUCUUCAAGACUUUUCUUGAUUGUACCAGGAAAGAAAGGCUCUGGAUUCUUGACAAAUGACAAAAAAACUGAGCUUUGUUUGCCCUAAAAACCAGCGGUAUUCUUUGAUAAAUGGUCACCAAUAACAUUUAUUUGGAUUUAAGCUAAUCUUCUAAGAACAUGCAGCUCUACAAGCUGAUAUUUCUUGUUGGAAUUGAUCGCUGUGAUAGAAAAACAUGAGAAAACUGGAGCAAGGCUGAAAACAGAGAGAAGCUUUAAUGUAAAUGGACACAGAUACUGAAGGCAACCAAUGAUACAGAUGAUAUGGGGGAGGGAAGUGGGGAGUACAGACGUCUGAUUAAAGGCUGUUAACGUCCACUUUUAGAGGGAAUGUAUCCAUUAGUUCUUCUAGGUUUUGUAGGAGGAAAUGAUAUAUGUUCAACUGCUCUUACUUGUUGCUCAUGUAUAAAAAGGCUGGGACUAUUAUCCUUUGAUGAUGACCGAAGACGAUGACUUGAUUUAAGAACCAAAAGCUUUAAAACUCUUUAUCUCUCACGGGCUCUUUGUUGGAAAAAAAAUAUUUGUAUUUAUUGUAUGAGGGAGGUGUGUGCUUUUCCGGGGAUGGGGGAAAAAUAGUCUGUUUGUAUUUUAUGAACUUCUUUGUCUCUCACCUUGUUUAUUUAUUGAUCCUUUAUUUAUGUAUUUAUUGGAUUCUAUUUAAGUCUUUCUGGAUCUUUGUAAUAGUUUUUUCAGGGGUUGUUGUGAGGCUUGUAUCUGCAGAAAGAGGGGUGUUCUUGAGAUCAAGACAAGAUGAGAAGAUGCCAAACGAAUGUUUCAAAGCAAAACCAAACCUAAAGACUGUUGUUUCCUGAGACAGAGAGAGAAAGUACCAGGGAAACUGUAGCGGAGGAACUUUUUACUAUUAGCUUUGUGAAGAGAAAACUGGUUUUAUCGAAGUUUGCUGUCCUGUAUUUCAAACAUCACAAAGAAGUUGGAGUGUGUGUCACUGCGGUAGAAUGCAGCAUUACUGAUGAAUGAAAUAUUGAUAAUAAUGAUAAUAUCGUAAAUAAUCCAGGUCCAGUAACAUCAGAACAACAUACAGUAUAAUUAUGGGUACAGAUUCUCUCCACUUCACUUAACUCGUAUUUAAAGUGUAAUUUAUGUGCCAAAGUCAAGGUGAAUUUCACUGUUGGCAUCAUUCUUAAAAAUGUUUCUAUAGCUGCUGCUAAAAUAUCAAUAUUGUGGAUUUCAGUAUCGAAAAUCUUCAGUCAGUGGCUGUGUUUCCAUACAAUUGUCAAGCGAUUUGCGUAGCUUAGAGAAAAGUUAAACCUUUGAAAUGUUGCACAUAAUGUUGAAACAUAAAAAGAUGUCUUGUUUCCAUUAAAUGCAUUGGCGCAAAUAAACUAGUCUGCAUAGUGUCAUCACAAGGUGGCGCUGUGGGCUACAUGGCUGUAAUAAACAGAAUAGAAGAAGCCAGGGGGAACAAAACUUCUGUAAAUCAAAUGAGUUAGAAAUUAUUUGAAAAAUCCAUUUCCAACUCAGAUUUUGACCAUUAACUCCUUUUUUAAAAAGUCAAAACCAUCUUAAGUGAUUUGUUUGAAAAAAAAAGGCAAUUCUGUUAAUGUUUUUUAGAAAUAUGUUAUGGAAACACAGCUAAUGACAUUUACAUCCCCUGUUGCCCUGAUUUUAAAAAUGAUCAUAACGUCAUUUGCAUUUCCAGGAUGUGAAGCUUUAUCAUAUUAUUAUCUUAAACUUGCGAAGUGGAGAUUUACACAUCACAAAAUUAAGUAUGGUUGCACCACAUGAAUCAGCUUUUAUGUAGAUAUUAGCUAUUAUUAAAUAUUUAUACCAAACAUGCCAAAGUUCACAUGUCACUAAUGGCACCUACAACGCUAAUAUACAGUUUGACCGAUGAAUUAAAGAGCUAAUAAACUAUAUCGUCGACAUAGAUGACCUGACAAGCACAAUGCUGUUUUAAAAAAACUGUAAACUAGAAUAUUUGAAAUCGCAUUUCAUAAUCUUAGGACACUAUAGCAACCUCUUUACAAAACACUAUUCUAAGAGUAGCUAAGUAAAGUUAGCAUAACAGAAGCUGGAUGCUACAGACAAAUGAUAUCCUCAUUUAUCCAGAUAUAACUGAAGCGUGUUAUAACCAAACAUAUGAGCAGUUUUAUGAUUAGAGGCUGAAUUUAAUGUCCCCUGAGACUGGUAUAUUUGGCCCUUAUGUUUAAACAUGUGAUGCUUGCAGUGAAAUUUCUGAUUAGAAGAUGUUUUUUCACAACCAAACAAGUAUAAUGAAGGUCCUGUUUGGUCGACAAAAAUGGUCCAGGUCACUGUUCUGGAGUUAAAAAAAAGUUUAUCGAAACUCUAAAAAAAAUGCUUGUUUUUGAUCAAAUAGAGCCGAGUUAAAACUGAGUCAGUUUGUGUCUGAAAUCUUGAAAUCUUCACUAUUAGUGGUGCAGCCUGAUUUAGUUUUGUCUGUAGUCCAAGUUUAGCCUCAUAAAACAAGUCUGUUGUGCUGUCAGCGUUUGUAAAGGGAACUGAUGUAUGAAAUGUCACCUGUUCAGCCCAGUUUCACACACUCCAAACCGGUUCAACUGGUCAGCAUUUUGUCACAUUUCUUUUGGUUCCAUAUCCAACAUUUGGGCUGACUUUCCUCCGCUCACGUCUCCUCCUCUGCUCUCUUUAACAAAAGCUUUCUGAUUCCCUCUUCAGGACGAGGGCUGUAACUCAUACCUCUGAUACUCUGAUGAAAAAUACCAAAUAGACAUUCAAGCUUUAAUGACGAAAAAAUAAUAAGACUGAAAAAAAAAUAAAAAGAUGUCUGAACUCAGGAGCGAGGGAUGUGAAACUGGCCCUAGCAAGUUAGUUUGAUGAAGGAAAAGAGAAAAAAAAACAAAGAUUUCCAUGAACCAGUUGUUCUUAUGGCUUUAACACAGCGGCGUGUUGGGAGGAAGCGGCUGUGUUUGGUGGAGAUGGAGGUGUGUGAAUAUUCAUCACUGCUGUCGGAGGAGAAAAACGCUCCGGCUUUCUGUGUUUUUACUUGAAAUACACUUUCUGUUUCGAGUGUGUUUCUCGGUCCACUGUGGAGCUUGGAAGCUGCGUGGAUGUCAAACUGAACUUUAUAUUUUUAACAUUUGUGUUGUUUAUUUUGCUCCAACAGCAGUGCAGCUCUGUCUGUAUGUGUGCCUGUGUGGCGACACUCGGCUGCGGCAGACUGAGAAUGAUACCAAAGUUAAAAACUACCGCAGCGAGACGCUACGCUACCGACACAACACACACACUCACAGUCAUUCCAUGUGUAUAUAAGCAUUCAGGAUUCUUGUUAGGGACUGUAACUGAUAAAAUAAAGGAUAUCCAGCGCCUGACGUUAAUAUGAAAACACUGUCAGAUAAUAAGAGCACUUCAGGCCUUGGCAGUUUUCUACUGUAGUUCUUCUGUGGCUGUGAAUGUUAAUUUUACUACUCUGCUCAAGUCACCGUGAAAAUAUGAAAUACUUUUGUUUGUUUUGGCCUUGAGAACACAAAAAGUACUAGCCUACUACCAGACAGAGUAAAAUAAAUGAGAGAAUAACUUCAGUCAGUAUUGUUUGCCCCGUAUUAUUGUCGAUUUAUUUAGGAGAAAUUUUUUUAAAAAAGAAACAUUUUCCUUUCUAUUUUUUCUACAAUGCAGCUUAAAUCCAAAGGUUAAGAGGACAGCAAAGAUAGAUUUUACUGCUAAAGAAAAAAAACCUCAAUAGUGAAAACCAAAGAGCUCCACUGUAUCUUCUCACUUUGAUUUUUCUUUUUCUCCGCAUUGUACAACUCCCACGAUUUUAUGAUGUAAACUCCAAAAGUGUUCUUUAAUAUAGCCUAAUGAUGAUGAUGAUGGUGAUGAUGGUGGUGGCGGUGGUGAAGAUAAAAGAGGAAACAAACACCACUCUGUGAGCUUUAGUAUCCGUUUCUUUGGUUUCUGUUUUGAAGUAUGCUUACAAUAUGCUGUUUUUUGACCUCGAGGCUCUCUCUGUCUGAGUUGAUUCUAUAACCUGAUUCUGUUGGAAACGUUUGGGUUUGAAACUGUUCUCUACUGUCCCUUAACUCAUCGCUAUCUGUGUGCCUGUUGUUUUGGGGGCCAGGGAAACGGGGACAAAACAAACCUGUAAGUGUUAGAAAUAAAGUACGAAUUUAGACCAAAGUCA